CAUUCGGAGGUUUUAUAACGUUAUGUGCUUGCGCAGCGAUAAGAAAUUUAUCGUUUUUCCGGCUGAAAAAUUCCGGACAUUUUUCUCCCACAACCAACCGCAUCAGUAGCAGACUCCACCCUCAUCACAUCUUAUAUGGCCUCUAAGCAAUCGCCCAAAGAUUCCACAAUCGGAUCCACCUCGACCGAGGUGAUAUCGGGGCUCUCGGCAGGCUUCAUCACCACCCUCGUGACCCAUCCGCUCGACUUGAUCAAGAUCCGGUUGCAGCUCGAUUCCACGUCCAAAACGCACCUCCAGGGCUUUCGAAAGGUUUACGAGGAUAUCCGGCGUGAUGCUACGAAGCCCCGCUCGUGUGCGGUCCACCCCUCUAUCGUGCUCAAAGACUACUACCGCGGCAUCGCGCCCAACUUGAUCGGAAGUGCCACGGCCUGGAGCUUAUACUUCACGCUCUACAAAGAGUUCAAACAUUUGAGCUACGAACAGCUCAACCACAACAGCCAAGGAAACGCACAGCUAUCUUCCUGGGACUACCUCACGUGUGCGCUUGCUGCGGGAGGCACUACUUCGUUCCUCACCAAUCCUAUCUGGGUGCUCAAGACGCGCAUCUUGUCCACCACUAAGAGCACGCCCGGCGCGUACGUCUCGCUUCUCGACGGCAUCAAGCGCAUUCUCCGGGAGGAGGGUGUGCGCGGGUUUUGGAAGGGCUUGACGCCAGCGUUGAUCAGUGUUUCACAGGGUGCGCUACAGUUUACGAUUUACGACACGAUAAAGUUCAGCGUUUUUGCUUCCGACACAAAUCUGGCGCCGGGAACGCUGCAGCGCGAGGUUAACUUGUCCACCGUACAGUACAUCUAUACUUCUGCCGUAUCAAAGAUGAUCUCUACCGUGACACUCUACCCGUUUCAGGUGAUCCGAUCACGCUUGCAGGGCUACCGCGACCCGCGCGCGGCAAAGACGAACAUGUUCAGUGUGUCGCGCGCAAUCUGGCAACACGAAGGGGUUUUUGGCUUCUACAAGGGCUUGGCAGCUAACUUGAUCCGUGUUGUUCCAGCGACUUGCAUUACUUUUGUGGUUUAUGAG